GAAACAAGCCCAAAUGUUUUUUCUCCGCCCACUAAAAACUUUAUUGGCCGUCUCUGCUUCAGCUCUCAGCUCACUGGGGUCUGUUUGCAACUGAUGAGCAGAUCCAGCAGUCACAUCUUGUACUCUCUGCAGGCUGAACGUUCUUAGAUCCAGGAUGCUGUUUGUUUUUUUCUUCCUGUCUUCUGGGGUUUUCCUGAAUAUGGGAGGAUCUACAGUAGUACCAUCUGAGCUGAGAAUCACCACGAUAAAGCAAGAGCCAUAUGCAACCACCAAAGGCACUCAGCUGGAGGGUUUCUGCAUGGACCUGCUCUCUGAAAUAGCCAAUAAAGUUGGCUUCAGGUACAAAGUGCAGCUAGUGAAAGACAACUCAUAUGGAAGGCAAGAUGAGAGCGGGAACUGGAAUGGGAUGAUUGGAGAGGUGGUGAGGGGGGAAGCAGACCUUGCCAUUGCUCCACUGACUCUCACCGCAGCUAGAGAAAGAGCCGUUGGCAUGACCAAGCCUUUCAUGCAGACGGGGAUCAGCAUCUUGCUGAGGAAGGACAUCUCAGAAGGAGCUGGCCUUUUUGACUUCCUGUCCCCCUUCGCUCUGGAAACAUGGAUCGGCGUGCUCGCCGCCUACCUGGGGACUGCUGCUUGCAUCUAUAUUGCUGCCAGACUCAGCCCAUGUGAGUGGAGUCAGGCUCAGAGUGACAAACACAGAUUCAGUUUCCUCUACAGCCUGUGGUACACAGCUGGAGCUCUAACUCUACAAGGCGCUGGUCAUCACCCCAAAGCCCUAUCAGGACGGGUCAUUUGCUGCAGCUGGUGGUUAUUUUCCAUCGUCCUUAUGGCUUGUUAUUUCUCCAACCUGAACUUGUCUAAGACUCCAGAGUCCAGUCGCUUGACAGUCAAAGGGUUUGAAGACUUGGCCAGUCAGGACAGGAUUGAGUACGGCUGCCUGGCCAGCUCUUCAACUCUGGCUUUCUUCAAGAAUUCAAACAACCCUUUAUAUCGCAGAAUCUAUGAAAACAUGGAGAGAACCAAUAGUUUCGUGUCAUCCAUGGAUGAGGGCAUCAGACGUGCUAAAGAGGGCAACUUUGCUUUUAUUGGAGAGUCGGUGUCUUUGGACUUGGCAGUGGCACGUCACUGUGAGCUGGUCAGAGCACAUGAAGUCAUUGGAAUGAGAGGAUACAGCAUCGCCGCUGCUCUUGGGUCUCCAAUCAUCAAGAACCUCAGUGUAGCUAUCCUUCAGCUGAAUGAGGCUGGUGAACUGGCUUAUCUGCGGAGCAAGUGGUGGGCUAGCAGCUGCAUAUCAGCCAAGGCCAAACCUUCAGCUCUGCAGCCACACAGCCUGAAGGGGAUGUUCCUGGUUCUGUCUCUGGGCCUUGGGCUGGGGACGCUGGUGGCCGUCCUUGAGCUCACCAUUAAGAGUCGCAGAAAAGCUGCGGAGCAGCAGAAGUCCUGCUGCUCCGUUCUGACCGAGGAGCUGAGACUGCGCCUCAGGAACGGCGACGUGAACAAACCCCAGGAAAACGUAGACAAAGAAAAAGCAUAAAACAAUUGUGACUAGUGUGAUUAAUGUAUUUGUUUCACAUUUAUUUUUUAAGGAAUAAUUUACAGGAACUGAACUUUACAUAUUUUUAAACUUUGAAUUUAACUUUUCAUUUAAAAUGUACAUUUUAAACUUCAAAUUUUACAUUAAAAAUCCAUCUUUUAUUUCUUUGUAUUUCAACUAAAGAAAAGACUAAAAAGAUAACAUUUUCAAAUAAAAAAGAUUUUUUUAAUCCAAGUUUACAUUUAAAACAGAGCUCUCAUUAGUUACCUAACUCUGUAUCAAGCUGUACAAUUGGCAGCAAAAACGAUUUUACAAAAGACAACUAACAGAAUAAAUGAAGAGUUGAUUUACAAAAACAUAUAAAAGCCAUUUUUGAUCUGAAUCACCAACAUUUUAUCACCUGAAUAAAAAAAGAUGCAUUUUUUUAAUGACUAAAACGGAGUUAUCUGCUUUUGUAAAAUAACUCUUCAGAUGUCGUCUGUAGAAAUUCCAGCUGUACUAAGAAAAUAAACAAUGUUUUUUGCUUCUCA